AUGCCCAUGAAUACGGACGACGAUGAAGAAGGAGAAAUUGUCGCUCCACCCAUGCAUCCCAAAAGCCAUAAAGAUGAGGUCAAGAAACUCAGACGAAGACUUAAACACCUGAGAGAACAGCACGACGAACUCCUCAACAGUGCUAGACGCAACGCUACCAUAUCCCAGGGCAAAAUCGAAAGGCUCGAAGAACAGGUUGGGAACCUCACCAGCAUCGCCAAAGGACUUGGCGAAGAAGCGGAGAAAACCCAACGCCUGUACAAGGAGCACAUCGAACACACUGCCACCCUCGUCGCAACAGGAAAAGACCCCGGAGAAAUCCUACGACCCAGGCAGCCUGACUCGUAUGACGGAAAUGCCGAACAUCUCCAAGGAUUCCUCACGGCCCUCCGCAGUUACCAACUGUACUACCCCGUCCAAUUCAGUACGGACGAAAUGAAAACUCGACACGCUAUGAGCCUUCUCAAAGGCAAGGCGCAGAGACUCAUGGAACCGAUCGUUCGAGACUACGUCAACAAUCCCAGGCACGAACGAAAAGACAUGACCAGACUAGUUUAUGACAAAUACGAGAACUUCGAACAAGAACUCAUCCACGCAUUUGGGCUAGCAAACGAGAGACGAGAAGCAGAAAGCAAAAUUCGGAACCUACGACAAACAGGAUCCGCAGCGGCGUACCUGUCGGAAUACCGUUACCAGGCAGCCAAACUCGACUGGAACGAAUCGGCCCACAUGGAUCAAGUGUACCUAGGCCUGAAGGAAGAAGUCAAGGACGCAUUAGUCAACAUCAGACCCAAGCCGAAAACACUAAACGAUCUCGCCAACAUUGUGUCCACAACCCAGUCCACAACCCAGUCCACAAGCUCCCUCAGCACUAGUGCCAAGGCCGGGAUCACAGUUGGAUCUGUCAUUGGCGGGCUCGGAGCAAUAGGACUUGUCGCCCGGCUUGUGCUACGAAGGAAAAAUAGAAAGUCUUCGCAGCGAUUGACGGAUAGCGACGCGGGGAAACCUAAUGAAGAGACGAGAUAUGAGUUGCAUGACGAGAGGACACAUGAGAUGCAUGCGCAGAAUCUGGUUGAGUUACCUGCUGAUUAUGGGAGGGUUGACGAUCGGGCUGCGGCAGGGUAUGAUAGGGCAUACAGGACAUUCAACUCCGGUUCUGGAUUACGAAAUUAA